AUGGAAACACUCUCUUAUUCUUAUAUGAAGAAGCGCAAAGCGGAUUCUGAUGAACCUAUAGUGAAAAAAGCUCGACAAUUGCCUGUUGGAAAUCAACUACCUCUACCUCGUUUGUUUCAGUAUACAGAAAAACAACAGCUGGUAUCCUUGCUGCUUCAAUGUGUUGAGAAGCAUCCAGAUUUAGGACGCGAUAUUCGUGAAAAGUUACCCGUACCUUCCUUGGAAACAUGCAUCGGUACCAUGCAAAAAUUGUCCGAAACGUUGCACUCUUCUUUCCCCUACGGUGGGGAUAAGAGAGGAGAGUAUGCAUUUAACCGAAUUCGUGAAAAGUACAUGGCUGUUUUACAUGCUUUAAAUGAUUUAGUUCCAUGUUAUUUACCCCCUCAUUCCACUUGUUUUGAAUAUAAUUUUGCCUUCUUGGAUGCUGCUACUAACGUCGUUCAUCAGCUCCCGGAAUUUCAUAAUCCUAAUCAUAAUGUUUAUAAAAGCCAAGCUUACUAUGAGCUUACAGGAGCUUGGCUGGUGGUACUUAAACAAUUGGAGGAGCGGCCGAUUCUGCCGCUUUUGCCAAUCGAAGAAUUGGAGGAGCAUAAUCAAAAAUCCCAUAACCGGUUACAAGAGGCUGUUGUAUAUUUAAAGGAAUUACGAGAAAACGAACCAAUUUUACGAGAUAGAAACGCUGCUAUUCAACAACUACAGGCACCACAAAAUCAUUUACACUACUAUGGAGCAACUAAUGGAAUGAACGUGGGAAACGAAAGCGGAAUUGGAUGGUUGAACACGCAUCAAUAUAUCUAG